AAUACCAGGAGAGCGAGUUUUCCAAAUUCUUUAGCUGGCAAGAGAAAUGAUGAUAUAAAAAGCAAUCCGUAUGCUAAGGUGUCAGGAGUCCAUGUUUUAAUAUAUGAAUCAUACUACAACCUGGUUGAUCCAAAUCAUCAUGGUCGAGUUGGUGCAUUGGACGCCGCUAAAUUUCUUAAGAAAUCUCAUUUAAGUGAUAUAAUUCUCAGUAAAAUAUGGGACUUAGCUGAUCCAGAAUCUCGAGGAUAUUUGGAUAAACGCGGCAUGUUUGCAGCUUUAAAAUUAUGUGCUUUAGCUCAACAAGGUCAUAAUUUAAAUAUUUUAAAUCUUCAUAUGGAUAUUGAUCCGCCAAAGAUGGGUGACAUCCUGAAUACCAUCAAAUCUGCACCAUGUACGCAUUCCUCUUUCACUCCAACUGUAAAAGGUAACUGGUCCAUUAGUCCUUUGGAAAAAGCUAAAUAUGAGCAAUUAUUUCGAAGUUUGGAACCUAUUAAUGGAUAUAUACCUGGAAAUAAAGUAAAAGGAGUAUUAAUGGAUAGCCAACUGCCUUUAGAGACUCUUGGAAAAAUCUGGGAUCUUGCUGACAUCGAUAAAGAUGGCAAAUUAAAUCAACAGGAAUUCACAAUAGCUAUGCAUUUAGUAUACAAAGCAUUAGAAAAGUACACUGUGCCAAGUGAACUACCCGCUGAACUGGUAAAUAUCAAGGCUAGCCAAACAGAUAUGAUUUCGAAAAUUGAUGUAUUAUUAACUUCUGUAUCUGGAGCUAUAUUACCUACAGAUUCUGAUGCUGCAGCAAAAGAAAUAAUUUCUCUUGAGUGGGUUGUUUCUAAUGAAGAUAAAGUGAAUUCUGACAAAUUAUUUGUCCAAGCAGAUGAAGAUUUAGAUGGUUUUGUAUCAGGAAUUGAAAUUAAAGAUAUAUUCUUUCAAAGUGGUCUUACGCAAACAGUGUUAGCUCAAAUUUGGAGUCUCUGCGACAUAUCUCAAAAUGGAAAACUCAACAACGAACAGUUUGCUUUAGCAAUGUGGUUAAUAAAGAAAAAAUUACAUGGGGUUGAUUUACCAAAGAAGUUAACUCCAGAAAUGAUUCCUCCAUCAUUUAGACAGAAAAGUGCACAAACUAUUUUGGACAAUAACAACUUAUGUGCUUUUUCAAACCCAGAGCUUGAUAUGAUAAGUAAAGAUAUAAAGGAAUUAAUUCAAGAAAAACAUGGCUUGGAACAAGAUAUUUCACAAAAAGAAGCUGAUAUCAAAAUUAAAAAUGGAGAAAUUAAAAGUCUUCAAAGCGAACUGGAUACUCUAGCAGCAACCUUGAAACAGCUUGAUAAUCAAAAAGUAGAGGCACAAAAAAGAUUAAAUGACCUUCAAACUCAGGUUGAAAAACUUCGGCAACAAGCGUCAGACCAAGAAUCUAACCUUCAUGUUCAUGAAAGCGAAUUAAAUAAUAAACGUCAAGAAAUCGAAUGUCUAAAGGAAGCUGAACAAAAUCUAGAAACUAAACAACAUAGUUGUAAUCAAAAUUUAAAUAGUCUAUCGCAGCUUUUACAAAGCGUCCAAUUACAAAUUAGUCAAACUAAAGCUAAGAUGACGCAGCUUGAAGAGCAGCAACGUCAGAUAGUUGAUGUUAUAACGCAAUAUGAUGCUGCAUUAACAAUUGGGGAUGCUUCUGUUAUAACUGACUCUCUGUUAGCGUUUAAAGCUCAACUAAAUAGAACCACUUAUUCUCUCAAAAGUGUUAAUGAUACAGGAAAUCUUAAGCAAAUGAAUAACAAGGAUUCAUAUAAUAACAACGAUGUAGUAGAGAAUGAUAACAACUUCACUUCGUUGGAAAAUAGAAAAAAUGAUAAUGAAAUUGACAGAGAUCCAUUUGAGAACAAUCUAUAUGAAGGAAGAAAUCAGGAAAUGCCUUCCAGUUUUUUUGAUACUAGUAUCACAAAAUCAUAUGACCCAUUUAAUGAUAAAUUACAUGACAGUAAAUUGUUUGAAUCUAAACAGGAUCCUUUUGGUGAUGAUCCAUUUGCUGCGUUACAUGCUCCAACACGAUCUGACAGUCCUAGUCCAGCGCUGCCACCAAAAAAAACUAAGUUACCACCACCACGACCAGCACCACCCCGACCAAUGCAAGGCCCUCAAUUAUCUUCAACGUCGACAGUACCAGGAUCAGCUUUUGUUGCUUCGCAUUCAGAUCCUUUUGCUGAAAAAGCUGUUUCUUUUCAUACUGACACAACAGAUUCAUUUGAAUUCGCAGAUUUUGCUAAUUUUGACUCCAAGGGAACUACUCUGGUAGAAAAUUCAGCUGUAAAACUGGUGAGCAGACUAGUGACUAGCUAGUGAUAACUGGCCAGUUUGAAGUACAUGUCACUGGCUAAGAACUACUAAGAAUAAUUUAAACAAAUCUAUCAUAGAAAUAAACAGAUAUUAUAAGAACAAUCAAAAUAUAUUUAAUUACGAUAAUUAUUUUCAAUUAAAAAUCUGCUUAAAUCUACCGUUUACCUAAA